AUGCCGCCGCCGCCACCGACCCUGCCGGACGAGCUUCUCGAGGAGAUCUUCCUCCGCCUCCCGCCCAACGAGCCGGCGUGUCUGGUGCGCGCCUCCCUCGCCAGCAAGCUCUGGCUCUCCCUCCUCUCCGGCACUAGCUUCAACAGCCGGUACCGUCAGUUCCAUGACGCUCCCCCAAUGCUCGGGUUCGUUUAUUCACGUCCUCCGUUCUCCGGAUCGGUAGUGCCGAGCUUCGUCCCAACCACGAAGUUCGGCGCACACAGCAAUCCCGACAGGACAUCCGAUGUGCUGGACUGCCGUCAUGGCCGCGUCCUCCUUUUGGAUACGGGUGUGGCACCCAUGGAGCUCGUAGUUUGGGACCCAAUGACAGGCCGCCGUGCCCGUAGGGGGCUAUGCGUGCCCGAAGGCUACCGCUGCAACGGCUAUGUGGCCACGGUGCUAUGUGCCGUGGCGGGCUGCGACCACCGCGCGUGUCAUGAGGGCCCCUUCCGGAUCGUCUUGCUCAGGGUUGACAUGAGCCAUGGUGGUUGUGUUGCAAGCGCGUUUGUAUCCUCGGCGGAGAUGGGUGAGUGGAGCGAUAAGUGCUCUCGCGUGGAUCUUGAGACCCAAUAUGCAGUCAUCGAACCAAGGCCUCCCGUUCUCGUUGAUGGCGCACUAUACUUCAUGCUUUGGUACAACUGGGAUAUUCUCAAAAUUCUCAAGUACGACUUGGACUCCAAUUGCUUAUCGCUGCUUGACGCGUCGAUGGUUGGGGUUUCCACUGGCAGUGCAGCUAUCCUCACGGCGAUGGAGGAUGGCAGUUUGGGAGUUGCACACCAAGAGGGGUUAACCCUCAACCUGUGGUCAGGGACGAUUGGUUCGGACGGAGCCGCAACAUGGACUCAAAGUCGAGUCAUCAAUCUUAAAGAUGUUCUCCCCAUUCAAAAUCCCAAGCAAACACUCAGACUGAUUGGAUCGGUGGAGGGCCGCGAUAUACUUUUCGUGAUCAUGGAUCUUGGUAUCUACGAGAUUAAUCUCAAGCCAUUACGCUGCAAGAAGAUAUGGAAGAGAGAAAGGCUAUGUGCUUUCAUUCCGUACAUGAGUUUCUAUGAUCCACGAGAAAGGAUAAGGCCUUCUGAUGCAGCAUAUUGA